AGUCAUUAUUAUCAUAUAAUAUAUAAUCAUAUAAUAUCAUAAUAUUAUCACAUUAUCUAUGGAUAUCCAUAGAUAUCGGAUAAUGGAUUAACAACACCAUCAUUGAAGAUAAAGUAUGUAUGUAGGGGCUCUAUCCAUUUUAUAUGAUGUAUGCAGUUAUUUAAUCUAUGGAUCUAAGCCCCGUAGGCAUUUAAAUCUUUAGGAUCUAGGAUCUAGGGAACCGGUGAUCUAGGACCUAAGUAGCCAACGAAGAUUUAGACUACCUAUGGAGAUCUUACUGGACGAUGAUCUAAGUGGAUGUUCACCAUGCAUAAAUACCUAUAAAUGCAGAUUACUGGACUUAAUAAAUUAUAUAAUAAACAGAAAUUAUCCAUGUCAAUAUAUAUAUAUAUUUUUUAAAUAAUUUUAUUCAGUUUGUUUUAACCUUUUUUCUUAAUCUUAAUGUACCACUAUCAAGAACUAAUAUUUGAUUGGUGAAUUCGUGAUUAUUGCCAUGGUGAUUUUAAUUUAUGAAUUAUAGUAUAGAUCAAACCAUAAUAUUAGGUAUCUCUACUUAUACAAUAUCAAACGUCAUUUUAAAAAUCUACAUGUCGUUCAUAGUGGAAGUUACUUUUCAAAGUUGGCAGUUGGUUAUUUUGUUUGAUGUAAUGUUAAUUUUUAAUUUUUAAACUGUUUAUACAUGCAUGUAUAUAUUUAAUUUACAGGUAUGAUGUUAUAAAUAUGUGUAUUUAAGUACACAAACGUAAUUCUACUAAGAUUUUUAAUAAAUGUGGUACGUAAACAACACGUUUUUGAUCUAUUUUUAUUUAACAUUUUACAACAAAUUAUAAAGAAAUCAAUAUUUAAUGUAUUAAUAUUUUAUAAUAUCAAUUGGCUUUAAGUUUUAAGUAGGUAGGUACUAAAAAAUAUAUUGAUUUUUUGGGUGGCAUUUUGUUGAAUGGCUUUGUCAUUAUUGUCAUUGUGUUUCUUUAUUCCAUUUGACCUUAUAUAGAGUGUCACUUCCGGUGUCACCAUACACAGGUAUCAACUAUUUAAAGUAAAUUAAAGUAAGCCAAAAAAACAUAGGAUAUUUAUUAAAUUAUCAGAUAACAUACACAUACCUAUAUUAUAGGUAUUCAUGUAGGUACUAUUAGACAUUUUUAUUUAUUAUACAUUUUACACUAAAAAUAGUAUUGCAAUCACCUAUAUAUUGAUGUGCAACUAACUCUUGUCAGUUAUUAGUGUAUAUUAUAUGUUUUAGAAAUUAAUUUAAUAAAUAAACUAUUAAUUAAUAACUAAUGAUGUUUAAUCACAUAUUUCAGCACAUUUCUCAAAAAAAUUUGAAAAGAAAAAAAACAUAAACGAACCAAUUUGCAACAGUAGAACAAUUAUAUGGAGUCAAUAAAAGAUACUGAGUCUAAAAAAAUGUAUACUAUUAAAAAUGACACAGAAGUUAAACAAAAUGAACAUUCAUUUAAUAAAUUUAAAAACAUCCAAUUCGAUGCAAAUUUUAGCUCAUUGCAUGAUCCUUAUGAUCUUAAUCAUAUACAUGGUCUUAGAAAGUAUUGACAAAAAUUGUAUGUCUUAGAUAUUGUAAUUAAAAAAUUAAUUUAUUUUUUUUAUUUUAGUCGUUUGUUUAAAACAUUCAAUUCAUUUGCUACUAUUUUAGAAAAUGCACUUUUACCACCUGUUUUAAAAAUAACAAAAAAAGUACAAAUUAAAAUUAAAGAAUGCGAUCAACAAACAAAUACAAACUAUAUAUUCAAAUUGAAUUUAAUGGUAAAAAAAAAAAAAUAAACCAAAUAACUAUGUUAAAUUUUUGUUUUAUGAGGACAGCACACUCAUAUUGGUAGUCCCUAUAUUCAAUUAGUAGUGUAGCAAAAGUGUUAAAGUUGAAGUUGAAGUUGAAUUUAAAGUGUAUUAAACUAUUAUUAAAAAUGAAAAGGAAAACACAUUUAGGGCUUUUUACACAUUUAUUUGUUAAAUAAUAUUUAUAUUUUUGAUAAAACUAAAUUAUAACUAGGUAUACCAAAAAUUUAAAUUUUUAAACAUUGUAAAUUUUUUGUAUGAUACUAUUAAAAAAAAAAAUAAUAACUAAUAUAAGGCACAUAAAAUAUUAUAUUAGGUCAUUAGCCUAUAAGUUUGAAGGUUAUCCUAAAUCUACAAAUUUAAAUUGUGCAUAAAUGUGUAACAUAAUUUUCUAUAUAUAAUAAAAUAUGCCCUUAUUACCUAAAAAUUAUUUUUAAGUAUUUAAAUUUAAUUAUUAAAAAUGAUUAAAUAAAUAUAAAGUCAAUGUUAAAACAAUAAUGACACAAAUAUUUUAGUGUUAAUGUAAACGUUAAAAAUACAUAUUUAGCCCAAUUUGUAAAUAAAAAAUGUGUAGAAAUCUAAAUCAUAGUGUCAUAUGGUUGAAAGCAAUUUUUAAAACUAGUAUGAUUUAUUGAGAUAGAAAUAGGUAAAUAAAUUGUUAUGAAUCAUUAUCAACCGAAUCCAUAAGUUCAUAUACUAAAAAUAAAAAUUGUAAUAAAAGUAAAAAUAAUCUUUAGAAUUUAAAAAUGUUGACAACGUUAACAAUAAUUGUUAACAUUUUUAGGAAAACUUUAUUGGGUAGUCACCUAUAUUGGAUCGUUUUUUACACUUUGUUAUCUGUAACGAAUUGGUCCAAACUAUUAAUGCUGUAUAUUUGCAUUAAACAAUACCUGAACAUGUAAAUUACAAUUUUUUUUUUAUUAUUUAAAAAUGGUUCAACAUAAGUCUGAUCAGUUGCUUAAUUUAAACCAAUUGAAUUUUCAAUUCAACCAUUGUAUUACAUUCUUAUAAUUAGUAAAAUCUGUCAUCAUCUAACUUAAACAUGUAAGCUUUUAUAUUAACUGAUUUUUAAAAAGUACAAUUUUUAUUUAACAUUUUUAUUUUAUAUAACAAAAUGCCAGUCGACAGGUGAUUUUCUGCUACAUUAUUUACUGGUGGAGCCUCCAAGAGAGAAUAUCCUUGAAACAGAAUGCUUAAAUGUAAUAAUACGUCGAAAUUGAUGAAAAGUUACAAAGUGAUUAUUUAAUAAUACACGUGCUAUGUUUUUUUUUUUAGUCUAUUAUAGAUAAUUGUCAUAAUUUUUAUUUUUUGUGAGAUUUUUGUUAAAUUUUUUGAAAUUUAUUUUAAAUUGUUUAGUCUUAAUCUAAACAAAUUGCUACAAAAUAUUUUUAUCUUAUUAUACAGUUUAAUUUUUAUUUCAAUAUAAACAAUUUUAUCAAAUAUGAGAGUUUCUCAUAUGUUCCAUCUCCCUAAAGCAUCUUAAAGUUCAUAUAUAACAGGUACAAUCGGGUGUUGAAACCUCCUUUAAAAAUGGGAGAAAAAAUGAAAAAUAACUAUUAUGUUCACCUCAUCAUAUAUAUGAUUAUACUAAAUACAAUUGCAAAUUUAUCGGGUCAAAAAUGGAUUGCAAGAUUCCAUAACAUGACUCAAGGUGAAUUAAAGAAAAAUAUGUAAAAAAUGCAUAAAUAAGCAUACACUUAUAAAUUAGUUGAAUUACUGUUUAAAGGAGACACAUAUUUGUAAAAGUAGACUAUAGAAUAUAACUUAGAUGUUUAGAAAAUGGAUUAUAAUGUAAUUAUAUUAAUCAAUAAAUCUCAGAGAUAUAAAUUUCUUAAAAAUAUCAUCUUAAAAAUAUCAUAUUAAAUAUAAAUGUAUUUCAGCUCUCUGAAAUUAAAAUGGAAUCAACAAAUGAAAAUUUAUAUUCUAAAAAGACUAAAACCAAUGCUAUGUUAAAAAAAUCAUUUCAGAUAAAGCUAAUCCAAUGCUAUAAAUUAGCAAUUAAUGCUACUGAAGUAUUUAUUUACACAUUUAUUUAUAUAACCCUUAUUUUUUGUAAAAUAAUUUUAUUCUAAUAUUUUAUUUCAUUUUCAGCUUUGCUCAAAAACUUUGGAAGCCAAUAUUUACAACCCUAUUCAGAGUAAAAUGAAAAAUUUGAUACAAUUAAUAUUAUCUUUAUCAUUAACCACCGGAAAAUAUAUAUAUGGUGUAUUAUUCAAAAAGAAGAAAAAAGAAAGUUUUGUAUGUUAUAUUUGUUUAGAUUAUAAUUCAAAAUCUAACUAAUUUUUAAUGAUAGGACUUAGUUCAACGUUGCAAGGGUUUAGAGAGAAUGUUGGACGAAUGUGGUUAUAAAGACACCCAAAAUGAAGCUCAAGAUAAUAAUGUAUUAAAUAAUCUAGCUAAUAAAGCUUUAGCUAAACCUAAAACUCAAUUUCUGUUUUCAAACUCUAACCGUUUAACCGUGUAUAGUCAUUCCAAACUAAAAUUGGGGUCAACUUAUGCUCAUGGAUGGUCAAAAAAAUCAUUAGACUCAAUAAAAAAUCAAGUAAUUAUGCAUUUGUAACUUCUUUUUUAAAAUUAACCUUUAGAAAGUGAAAAUAAUAUAGUGCAACAUCUAGUGUAACAAGUAUAAGAUAUAUAUUACAAAGUGUACCACCAUGUGGCAUGUGUUAAUAAAAUUACCUAUAUUAUAUUCUACAAAAUGAUUAAAUUAUUUUCUGAUGUUAAACAGACUACUUCAAACUAACUUUAAAAACAAUGCUUCAAAUAAAAAUGUAUAUUUUUGACAAAGUGUAUGUAUUUGUAUAGCUCAGUUAAAUAUUCAACUGAUGACAAUCCAACAUUUUUGUUAGCUUUAUUCCAAUUAAAUAUAUUGUGGCUUAAUAUAAUUGUUUUAAGUUGAUUUGUCAUAGUCUUUUAUGUGAUUUUAAAUUUCAUUUUAUGAAUCUAAAAAUUAAUUAUAGUUUUUUAAGAGAAUAUGUACAAUAUUAUUUUAUAUAUAAUUAUGUUUUAUGAAUUAAUGAGUUAAGUAUUUAUUUUUGUACAUUCAUGAAGUCAUGAUGUACAAAUAUAUGCACACACAAUAUUCAAAUUGACAACUUUUCAAUAUUAUACUACUUGGAGUUGCUCUGAAUUGAGGUGAAUUGUUGAUGCAAACAAUAAAAAAUAUAUAUAGAUAAUCUAUAUAUAGAUUUUCAUUUGAAAUUUUAUAUUUUACUUCUGAGCAAAAAUUUUAAAAAUUAUUCAUAUUAUUUUAAUAAUAACCAAAACAUUUAAUACACAAAGCAAAUAAAAAUAUCUUGAUUUCCAACAUCAUAUUUCAGCAAUCAUGUACCUCUAUAUCCAUAUUGACCAAAUUUAAAUAAUUUUAUUAUAUUAAUUAUGUAUAUAUAUGUAUAAUAUACCUUUUUUUUUUAGGACAUGGAUCAUAAAAAAUGCUGUAAUACUAUUGGUGACAUAAAUGAAAAGCCAUUGUUAAUAAAAAAUGACAUAAACUUUAUAACUGAUAAGACAUUGGAUAAUCAUACAUUUGACAACAUAAAGACUGUAAUUCAAGAAUACCCUAUCAAUGAACUCGAUAUAAAUGUAAUAUAAUUAUAUAAUACUGAAAACAAAAAUUACUAUACAAAUUCUAAAACCUAAUAUUAUUUUAGGAAACAAAUGGUACACAUGUUUCGAAAGAGUUAGAAAAUAAAAUGUUUAUUAAUUAUACUGACGAAGUACCUAAUUUUCCAACCUCAUCAAAACCAAAGUAAAUAUUAUAAUUAUAUAUAUAUCAACACUACCAACUGUUUUUAAGGUUUUAUUUUUUACCUACUUCACAAAUGCAAAAUAACAAACACAUAAUAAAUAUGUAUUUUUUAAAAACCUUAUGUUUUUUGUUGGUAUAUUUUCAUACUUCGUUAUUAAAGAAUAAUUAAUAGAUACUUAACUAAUAUAAUUUAAUUGAUUGACUAAUUUAUUUAUAUACUGUAAUAAUUUUAUAUUAUUUUUUCAGAUUAAACAAUUUAAAAACACCUAACAACGUUAAACUAUUAAUUAUUAAAGAAAAUAUUUGGAGAAAAUUUCCCAUAAAAAGUACUUAUGCAUCUAAAUAAGAAAAUAUUUAAAUAUCUGACUUGCCAGGUUAAUGGGAAUGCCAAGUAAAUCAAGUAGAUAAAGUACAAAAAAUGUUGAUGGAGGGGGGGUAGAAUUGGGAACAAAUUUCUGUGUGGGAAAAACUAAAUUUUAAUCAGUUUCUAACCAAAAAAAAAAAACUAAGUAAAAAGUCUCAAAUCUAUCAUACUGGCCAAUAAUUGAUUAGUUUGCAGAUGCCAUUUAAAUAUAUUUUAGUUUCCGACUGAAAUGAUGAAUAUAUUGUUUUAUUAUAUUAUACAAUAUUUUGACUAAAAAUCAUAAAACUUUAUGAGAACUUGUAGUAUUUUGAAUCUAGUUGGUGUCAAUGGGAGAGAUAUUUUUUUAAGUUUCCUUGUACUAUUCUUAAUAAUGGGAAAACCAGGCAUAUUUAUGCAAUUUAAGAUUAUGUUAACUUAGAAUUUGUUGGUUUUUUUUAUAAUUUAGUGGAAAUGAUUGUAGAAACCUGAAUUUUGUAGUAUUCACUGAAUACUCAUAUCAACAAUUUCUAGUCAUAGUAUAACCGGUUAACACUAAUUUAUAAAGGAAAAUUAUUUGAGUGUACCAAAAAUAUUUGAUUCGCAUAUCUCCUGUUAAUAUGUACAUUAUUAUCUUUACUAAUCAGUUACUUCUGUCUAUUAAGGGGAUUAGUGAUAUUUUUUUUUUUUUUUGUUGAUUUAAAUCUAAAAUGAAAUAAGAAACAUAAAUCAAAUUUUUUAAAUAGAAAUAGUGUAAAAAAAAUGAUAUUGUAUUUUUGAAAAAAAUGUUGUAUGCCUUAUAUUUAUGAUAAAAAAAAAAAUUAAGAUUAAAAAAAAAUAACAUAUCCUAGUUAAGAACUUAGCCUUAAUAGUAAAUACGUUUUCAAAAUUGAAAUCCGUCAAAUGCAAUUUCUAUAGUUUUGUCUGGCUUUUUAGUUUAAACAUAUGCGUUUCUAAAAACAGCCAUACCCCUUGUCCUUAAAUGGAUAUCUGGUAAUGGAUUAGUGAAAAAGUUGUAUCAUUUGGAUAGACAUUGAACUGUUAAAUACGAUUUUCAAAUUUACAAAAUUAGAGGAAUUUGGCAAACUGUCAAUAAUCCCCUUGUAGAAAAUUAUAAAAAUUGAAUAAAUAAUAUUUGGGAUUUUAAUUGAUUGUUAUUGUAAUUGAAGUUCUACACAAUUAACUGUGAAAAUAAAUUAUAAUAAUUUAAUUUUUUUUUUAAUUGUCAUACUGGUGAUAAUUGUUUAAACAAAAUAACAGAGAGUUACCUGUUGUUUUAAAUAUUGUUUAUUAGGAUAGUAUUUUUAAGAGAAAUUUCUAGUUAUAAAACUAUAACUGUAUAAACUAUAAAAAAAAAAAAUUUAAUUUUAAUAUUAAGAAUUAAUCUAUUUUUUAAGGUAUUAAAAAAAUGUAUUAUUUAUGUUUUAAAGAUGUAUGUCUCUCUCAAAAUGGAUGUCUCCUUUUAAAUAUAAAUAUAAAACAAGUUCAAACCAACUAUUUGUACAAAAGCCAAUUCAGGCAAUUGUCUUUAAUAACUGAAUCUGAAGUGGAUACCUUAUCGAAGUAAAUAUAAUAUAAAUUAAGUGUAUAGUUUAAUAUUAAUACUUUUUUAACAGUUAAAUGUUUUUAUUGUCAAGUAUUGCAGAAUUAAUUCUGGAAGAUCUAAUAAUUGAAGUUUUAUCAAAAAUUGUUAAUGAUGCAAUAAUUAAAAAAAUAUUAAGACUAGAGUUAUUCGAAUAAUUUUCAACUUAAAAAGUCAAUAAAGAUUACUGUAUUUUAUAAUUAUUAUUAUAUUAAAUAAUUAAUUUU